AUGUGUUCUGGUAAUCCUAGGGUGAGAGGGAAUUCAAAUCCUUGUUAAGAAUCUUCUUUUCUACUUUGCACACCAACUGAGUAACAUUUUUGCAUCCCUUAAAAAGGCAUCUCUAGGGUCCAAGGGCAUCACCAACUCCAAACAGUGCAUACGCUUUAAUGCAGGGAUGCCUUUUAUGGUAGUACACAAAUGUUACUCAGUCAAUCUGUGAGGUAGAAGAGGAAGAAGAAUUUAUUCAGUUUAUCUUUGAUUCUUUCACUUCCCUUUACCCCUACAUUACAAAAGAACCAUUAUCACAUGGGUUAUGCAGUCAUUCAUAAACAAUUUGAUGCAGAAAGCCAGUGUCGUUAGGAGUGCCUUUGGUGUGGGUAAUUGUUGCUUUCUUUGACACUUUUCUCUCUUUUGCCCAGUAAUCACUUUCCCUUAGAGAGACAAAGCGGGCUGUCAUUAAGAGACGGACUGGGGAUUUCCCCUGGCUACUUUUUGCAAUUACCUGGCAUCUUAAACGUUAGUGACAAUCAUGCAAAGUGGUAUUUCCCACUAUCAAACAAAUGGGGUAAGGAACUCGUGACCACGCCACAAGCACUGCUACCACUGUGGUCUUUGCUGAAGUGAGGGAAAACCAGUGGUCCAUAAUACCCUUGGUGUGGUAAAAUGUUACCCCCUGCCACCCCAUCUCUCUUACUUGGUGCUUCAUGUUUGUUAUAGAGACAAAUUGACUUCCCCUGCUAUAAAACGUGCAUGGAAGAGGAAACACCCAAACACUGACAUAAGUGCUCCUACCACCUUGAUCAUAGGUGGAAGGGUAGUGGGUGUGCCCUGGAGUAAAAGUGGUCAGAAAUCAGGGUUGUACUAUCCUCGAACAUAGGGAUUAUCCCUUUAACUCUUCCACCCUUCCCUCAGACCAUGUAAUAUCUGGGUGAACAUUAGGCAGGAAACCUGUAUUUGCCAACAAGGGUGGGUGAUAAUCCCCAGAAACAUCAUCAACACCUUGAUGAGUGUUAAUAGAGAGAGAGAUUCCAAUUAGAACCCACAACAUCAAAAACAGCUGAUGGCUUUGCCUGCUCACUAGUAUACACUCAGUGGCUUUUGGGUAUUGUUAGGGCAACAACUGAACAAGAUGCAAGUUUCACCAGCAAAUUCCCUGAAUAACUUCUUGGACAACAGUUGAGUCAUUUGCCACUUCCUACAAGCCAGGGAUGAAACGAUGGGUGCUAACGGAGGUGUCGGUUGCAUCUAGAACAACACAAGCAUCUCUGUGGCAGCCUUUUCUACUUGUUGGUCCAAUCUUGAGUUGCACCAUGGUAUCCUUGACCACCUGGUUACCUCAUUUUGCCCUUCGACAGAUGCAGUUGUCUGCCAGGCGAAACCAUUCAACGAACACCUGCCCAUGAACUGUUUUCAAGGGGGCCACAUGAGUGAGUAAAAGAGGAGCAGAAUCACGGACUUUGUUGCAGCCAGAUCAAACUUUUCUCCCAUCACACCAAGGCUGAUUAGGUCUGGUAUUAUGUCUGUGGCUUCAGUCCCAACAUGCCACAGAGGAACUGUUGGAUCCUGUCAAGAAUCUCUGCAAACGCAUGGUCAACAGCCCUCACAAGAUUAAUUGUGAUCCCAAGAUGAGGUGAUUCACAGUGUUCCGGGGGACAAUAAAAUAUAUAGAGUUGAGUCUAUGACAAUCACAUUGUGUAUUCCCACGUCAUACAUACAUAAGGCCUACAUAUUCAUGACCAUACUUGUUGCGUCCACUGAAAGUUGUACUUCAAGACCCUUGGUCCUCUGGUUACCACAUUCUUCACUUUCACAGACUCUUUUGUCUACUAAGCAAAACUACUGGAAAAACAUUUUCCAUGAGUUGUUUUCAUAGAGGCUAAAUGAAUGAGGUAAAGAGAAGGAAAAUCCUGGAGUUUGUUGCAGCUGAUUCAAGAUUUUCAUCUACCAAACUAAGGCUGAUUAAGUCUGCUGCUAUAGGAGCUGUCACAAAAUGCAUAAUAAUUUCAAACAGUGAAAGCUGCCACUAAAUUAAAGGAGGUAAAACCUCACAGAGGGAAUAAAUAACAGCAGAACUCAGUACAAAUUUGAACGCAACAUUAGAUCAAUUGAUGAACAUUAUUUUGUGACAUUAACCACUGCAUUUGCUUGAUUUUUUUUAAGACGUAUGGAGACUAUUGAGCUGUUACUUGCAUCUGUAGUACCACUUGUGCUGAUAAAUAUUCAUCAAGCACAUCAACAUGGUCUAUUGCAAUUAAUUCAGUUUCAGUUGGCAAUGAAUAAGUGGAUAGAGAAGCAGAUCUAAAGAAAUAAACAGUUCUCAAUGGUAAUGCCAACUGUCAAUUCACAGAAAGCCAGUUUGUAUGAAAAGAAAUUCAGGUUGACAAUAAUAGCUGCAAUAGGAUUCCCAUGAUCAUCAAUGAAAAACCUUUUGACAGACAGGAUCUUCAUCAGAAAACUACUUGGGUUAUAGAUCUUUUGCCUAGUUCCAGCUNCGUAUGGAGACUAUUGAGCUGUUACUUGCAUCUGUAGUACCACUUGUGCUGAUAAAUAUUCAUCAAGCACAUCAACAUGGUCUAUUGCAAUUAAUUCAGUUUCAGUUGGCAAUGAAUAAGUGGAUAGAGAAGCAGAUCUAAAGAAAUAAACAGUUCUCAAUGGUAAUGCCAACUGUCAAUUCACAGAAAGCCAGUUUGUAUGAAAAGAAAUUCAGGUUGACAAUAAUAGCUGCAAUAGGAUUCCCAUGAUCAUCAAUGAAAAACCUUUUGACAGACAGGAUCUUCAUCAGAAAACUACUUGGGUUAUAGAUCUUUUGCCUAGUUCCAGCUUGCCAGAAGAAAGUUUCAAAUUUGAAUGUUUCACAUCUGUUACUAUGCAAUAAGUUGUCUUCACUGGUCAAGAAGAUUGCUACCAAUCCCUUAUAAUAUUCCUUUUGGUGAUUACAAAAAUAGUUAUUGCGUCAUUGAGGUGUAGUAAAGUACCUGAUUGCCUGAAGCCUGCUGUCACAUUACUUGGUCUUAAAAAACCGUCUUUGGAGACCAAUAAGAUUAGCAGCUUUUGCCCUAUUUCCAACCUUAAAUUUGCUGCCAAGGCAAUUGAGAAAGUUGUAGUUCUGUAAGAGGUCAGUGCAUUGGUUGGGGAAGUCCCUAAGUUCAUUUCAAUUAAAAAUGGUGUAUCCCUGAUUCAGGACCACAUCUGCCUCUGGGGUUUACCACAUAUUAAUCACACUCUCCUCCAGGCCAUGAUGGAAGCAUUUAAAGUAGGUGCACUUGUGCCAGGGUUUGGGCAUUUCUUUACACACAUUUUACAUAGGUGACAAAAGUGGAGCACCAGGUGAGAAUGGUUCAAUUUGACUAAAUUUUUACAUGUGUAAUUUACAAGUGAGGCUAUUGUUUUAAGGCUUAAAACAAUGGUGACACUUGUAAAUUGAACUUGCCAAUGUUUUAUUACAACAUUUCAGUAGACUUAGGCAUUGUGGACCACAUCAACUUGUCCAUCUUGUAGAUGAAAAGAGGGAAACUCCUCGUUUUGUGAGGUAGAGGAACAUGAAAUCAUCAUGGAGUAUCUUUGACCUCCCUUUGGCCUCUUGCAGUAUCUGAGUAUCACUUGUGUAUUUGCCAUAAAGGCAUCCUGACAUCAACGCAGAAGUAGAGUGUUUUAAGUUGGUGAUGCCCUUGGACCAACAGGAUGUCUUUGUGGAACUCAGUUACUGGGCAAGAAAAAGGAAAGGGAAGAUUUUCUAUGACGUGUCCAGGUAGUAUCCCAUGUUUCAUUGUAACAUUCAACUUGCACAGACAGUUAAAGAUACAUACACCCAAUGUGGUCUGCAAUUCCCUUUGCAGCCUCUCUUUGGUGUCCUUAACUUGGUACUUCCUUUUGCUGUGGAGGUAGAUUGACAUACUCAUCUGUAAAAUGUAAUUGGAGCACAAGUUCCAAGGUUAGGGCAUUUCGUUUUUCCUGCACAUUUGAUAAAGGAACAGCAAUUUGCUGCAGCAACGAAAGUAAAGCAGUUGGUACAAGAGAUGACUAGGGCAAAAUGCAACAUUUCACAGGGCGAUUUUGUUUUUUUCACAUCCACUUCUGAGUGAUUGGAUGAUCAUCUAAAAACACUCUAAUUCUCGUCUAUGUGAAUUAGUUUGAUUCAUUCAAGAGAGCAUAUUCUCCCUCUUGUUUUACCUCUUACAGUAUCUGAGUAGCAUUUGUGUAUUCCCCCCAAAAGACAUCCUGAUAUCAAAGUAUAGCUGGAGCAUUUUGAGUUGGUGAUACCCUUGGACCCUCAGGAUUUGUCUUUUGUGGGGUCAGUUACUGUGUGAGGUAGUAUAGAAGAGGAAGUGAGGAUUCUCUUUCAUACUUUCAAGGAGAACCCUGUGGGUCAUUCCAACUUUCACAUGCAACUCGAUACACAGAUAGCUGAAGUAAAAAGUCAGUGUAGUUUGUCACACCGCAGUGAAUUGUUGCAUCCUGCUGCCCUGUAGUGUCUUUCACCUGUACUUCCUUUUUGUCACUCAGCAGAUGGAAUGCCGCCUUUGUUAAAUGUGUUAGCACUAAUUUCAGGGUUAUGGGAUUUGUCUUUAUGUACAUUUUACAGCAGAGGAAUGUCAAUUUGACUGUGUGACCAAAGUGAAGCACUUGAUAAGAGAGACGAAUGGAGACAAAGCACAUUGGCUUUUUCCUCAUCCAGCCCUGAAUUAUUGGAUUACCCAUGGGAUUCACCUCAUUUUUGUUAACCUAAGGGUGGUGGAAAUUGAAAUUAUCAUAGACAAGUUUCUCUAUCCCUUUACCUCAUUCAAUAACUAAUCAGCAUUUAUUUGUCCCAUAAGAGAGCAUCUUGAGUUGAAUUAUGAGUUGGUGAUGCCCUUGGACUCCAGGGUGCUCUUUGGCGGGACUUAGUUACUGUGUGAGGUCAAAGAGGAAUAGAGGAUUCUCUACAAUAAUUUCCUUUGGUCACUGCAACAGUUUUAUAUAAUUAAUGCAGUGUGUGUUUGUAUCUUGUCUGCAAUGGUCUCUUUCACCAAGUGCUUCUCAUUUUCUAUGGAGGUAGUUUGAAACCUUUCCUCUGUAAAAUAUGUGUUUAUGAAUGCCCACAGCCUGGUAUGAGAGCUGCUGCUACUGUGAUUAAUGCACCUGAGGAGUUUGUGAUAAUUGCUGUGUGGGGUACCCACAAGUUACAAGUAGCCCUUAUUCUGAGUUAA